CAGAGUCCCACCCGCACCCGCUGACGAGCGCCGGGCUCUCGCUCCCCCACGCCCCAAAUCGACGCCACCCGCCGCAUGAUCCGCGCACCUCGACUCCUCGCCGAGCACUGGCCAUCGCCAAUCCGCCGCCGCCUCCCGCUCUCCCCGACCCCGCGUCGCUCCUGCCGACUCGCCCUGCCGCCGCGCGCCGCCUUCCGGGCCGCCCAAACCCUAGCCCCGGCGCCGCGCCUCGCGCCGUCCCGCCUCGGCCUGCUGAUGGAUCCGGCCGCGCCCGCCCCCGUCCAGGCUACCGCCGCUGAAGCCGAUGCCUACGAGGACGCCGCGGAAUUCGAGGACGCGGAGGCUGCCGGCGACGACGCGGGGCCCGGGGCGACGACGGCGGGCGGUGGUGAGGAGGUGAGGGAGCUGCCCGAGGAGCUCGCCAAGGGGGUCGUGUGCCUCGAGUGCGUGACGUCGGCCGAGGCGGCGGCUGCCGGGGUUGGCGGGACCUGCCGCGUCUACGUCGUCGGCACUGCUCAUGUGUCGCAGGAAUCAUGCGAUCAAGUGAAGGCUGUCAUCAACUACCUGAAACCUCAGGCUGUUUUCUUGGAGCUCUGUGCCAGCAGGAUUGCAAUUUUGACACCACAAAACCUUCAGGUUCCUACUAUGAAUGAAAUGAUUGACAUGUGGAAGAAAAAGAAGAUGAACACUUUUGGGAUUCUCUACAGCUGGUUUCUUGCAAAGGUUGCUAGCCAACUUGAGGUUUUACCUGGAGCUGAGUUUCGGGUGGCAUUUGAGGAAGCAAUGAGUUAUGGUGGAAAAGUAAUCCUAGGAGAUCGCCCUGUCCAGAUCACGUUAAGGAGGACCUGGGGAAAGAUGUCACUCUGGCACAGGGCAAAAUUUCUGUACUACAUUAUUUUCCAAUCAAUUUUUUUACCAAGCCCGGAGGAACUUAACAAAAUGGUAUGCUGUUUUAAUGGUUCAUUCCAUCCAUGUCACCAGUUGAAGGACAUGGAUGAUGUUGACAUGCUAACACUUGUUAUUCAAGAGAUGAGCAAGGCAUUUCCUAGUUUAAUGGAGACGCUUCUACAUGAACGUGAUAUGUAUAUGUCUUCGAAAUUGUUGAAGGUGGCGAGGGAACAUUCUUCAGUAGUUGCAGUUGUGGGAAAGGGGCAUGUUUCUGGAAUAAAGAAAAAUUGGCAACAGCCAAUUCAGGUAAAAAGUUUAUUAGAACUACCAGUGGCUAACGAAGGUGCUUCAAAGCUGAAAAUUUUAGCUUCCAUUGGAGCAUUGAGCGGUGUAAUAAUAGCAUCCGGAAUAUACAUAUGGGGUAGAAAAUAACAACUGUGCACACAAUGUAAUUCAGUGUGCCUUAGUCUCUAAAAAAUGUAUUUAGUUUAUUUACUUAUAUGAUUUGUUUCAUUUGUUUUAAAUAGAUGUAACUUCUAAAAUUAAAGUUGAACAAAUGAAAGAACAGGACAACAGGUGCUCCAGAUAAUGAAACGUGGUUCGUUUCGUCGCCAUUUGUUUUGUGUUUUUUGGACAAGUGUAAAUUCUGAUAAAUAAUUCCUGUUUCAAGCAUUAA